GUUGACAUUUCAGUGGAUGUGUCGCUGCAUGACAUCAGUUUUCCCCCUAAAAGUUCGCAAAAAGCUCGAUUCGAUGCUUUUUUUAAAACCCACUCCUCGAUUUCCCGCCGGGAUUCCAUCAUCAGACCUCGCGCCGACUUUUUUCAACGUUCGACGUCAUUCCCAAUUCCCAUGGCCAGAACAUCGACUUUUGAACUUUUAAAAGUCAGCCACCCUAGGCCCGACUUAGUUAGUUCCCUGUGCGACGUGCAGAAGGAGUCAAUCAGAACUUGGUCUUCUGCUUUGGUCCACUUCAAUGCAAUUGGGAACAUAUUUAUUGGCUGUUUUCUGCGGUUUCUCUUUUGUACCUACCAACGCUCUGUUCUACGUAGAGUUCGAAGGGGUCAAUGAGAAGGGCAACAAGAAUGAUCUUUGGCUUUUCGAAUGCCGGAGAAGAUCUCCCAAGAAACUUAGAUCUGUGAAAGAGGGCAACCCGCAUGCUAUCCACGACCCGUCGGCAAUGGACGGGGUUGAUGACGCAGUAUGGUGGAGGUAUGUUCAUUGCGAGCGGCACACGGAUGAGAAGCGCAUCCGGAACAUCUACAGAACGGUCAACUUCAUCGCUGUUCGGGUUGAGUUGGAUCCGGUGUCAGUCCCUCACGCUGACCCUCCUCGUACUAUCCGUAUUGGCAUCCCUUUUCAGCCUCUAGACUACCCUCCUUUCCGGGAAGAUGUCCAAAAGAUCCAGUACGACGAUGAGAAGGUAAAUUGA